AACGCCGUUCCGUGUCUCUCUCGCCGCUCGAUGGCCGGCCUUUUGUAGAUUACACUCCAAGAGAAAGAAAGAUGCCAGCGCUAGGACAUUGACUCCUCUCUUUCAUCCUUACCUUCCCCUUCCCCUUCCUUGAUUUCCCCUUCCCUUCAUCUUACCCAACGUCCCCAUCCUCACUUCUUUCUGACCUGCUCACCAGUCUUCUUUUCCCUCUUCCCUACCUAAAGAAACCCACUCUCCCUCUCAGCUCCCCUCCCCUUGACAAUGUUACCAUGCAUUAACUGGCUUCAGCCUUUCCUUGCCUUGCUGUCCUCCACCUUGCUCACACGGGGCCAAUACUGCCCUUCCAGCUGCCUGUGUCCGGACCACCACACAGUGGACUGCACCGGCCAAAGUCUCACCCGCCUCCCGGAUUCCAUUCCCUUGGACGUGCGGCGCCUCUUGCUCUCCGACAACUGGAUUCCCUGGAUCCCCUCUGACUUCCUGGUUCUGUACAGUGACCUGGUCUACUUGGACCUAAGGAACAACUCCCUGAACAGGCUGGAGCCUGGAACACUCAGCACCUCCUCCAGACUGGUCUUCCUGGACCUGGGCAGCAACAACCUGACAGAAAUCCCCUCAGGAACCUUUGGGGAGUCUCGAAACCUCAUCAAACUUCGCCUGGGAAAUAACCCCUACCUGACCAUGGUGGACACGGAUGCCUUCCAGGGCCUGACCUCUCUGAGGGAGCUGGAGCUGGAGAGAAACGGCCUUGUAGGCCUCGACGUAGGGGUCCUGGAGCACCUGCCCUCCCUGCGGUUACUACGCCUGGAGGGCAACCCCUGGAUCUGCAACUGUCACUUUGCCAAACUAUUUGUGUGGCUGACGGAGAACCAGAACAAGCUUCCAACGGGUAUGGACGGAAUGGAGUGCUCGCUUCCAUUGGACGGACAACGGGUGUCUUUAAGCCUGCUCUCAGAGGAAAGUUUCCGGGAGUGCCGGGGUAUCCUCACCCUCACAGACUACCUCAUUGUCAUCUUUUCCGGCAUUUCAGUUUCUGUGGCAGCCAUCGUGGCCAGCUUCUUCCUAGCCUCCACAGUCCACUGCUUCCAGCGUCUCAGCAAGGGUGGCAAAGCAGAUGAGGAAGAAGGGAAUGACUGAAGGAAGGAAAAAUCGAAUGUCUAAGGACAUUGUGUAGUGUCACAAAUAACAACACACUACUACCAAGUAACUUCUAAGAAGGCCUGUAUGGAGGAAACAUGAGAAACAGGAGAGCAAGGCCUAGAAAGAGAGGUAGAAAAGGGCCAACACAGAACAGGAUAUUGGAAUUGGCAGAAAAAGUAGACAGAGCCAAAAGUCCCAUGUGAAAUCCUGUACUCCUAUACAUAAUGAUGACAGCAACCGGCAUACCAUGAAGGAGAGACUGGCUGAUUCCAUAUUACGAUGAAUUAGGUUAGAAAAAUCUGAAUGAUGGUAAGGUGUUGUGAUAACUGGUACAUGAACUGAGUACAUUUCAUUUGUUGACUGCAGCCUUACUUCUUAAACCGACUCAUUAUAUUUUGAGAGUUUCCACUUUGCACCUGUCCUUAAUGGUAUUUUCACCAGUGGUAGUCUGGGCUGUGAUUCAAGUUUCAAUUGCGAUAUGUCCAUACCUUCCAUAAACGUUACCUGGUGAUACAGUAUAAGCAAAAGAAUGUGGGUUAGUUGGGAGGUGUGGACAGAGGAAAAUAAUUUUGAGGAAAGAGUUCAAAUAACUGCACGGGAAAUAUAUUUAAACUCAGAAUGCAAUUAUAGGGAAAAGGAAAACACAUACACACACACACAUGAACACACACUCACAUGCAGAAACACAGUUUUCAUCUCAACAAAGAUAACUGGGUGACAAUUGGUUGACACCUAAAAAGAGUUAAUGCUUUACAGUACUGGUAUUGUAAGUUGUUGAGCACUGAUCUUCAUGUUUACCAAAGAUGUGUAAAGGUGACGUAGUUAUUGAUCUCUGUACACUGAGGGGACUGUUUGUUGAAACUUAUAUUGUAAAAGGAUUUCACUCGCAUGAAAGCAACUGUGGAAGUUGAUAUAACUGGCUUCAUCACAUCGUUUUUGAAGCACAAUGUAUUCUUGUUGAGAACAUGUGUAGCUUAUAGGACUGUAUACUGUGUAAAACUAAAGCUGCUAAAAUAAGACACAGAUUAUAUUUUGUGAAAGCUAUAUUAGGAGUAGAUAUAACUUCUAAGUGGACCAAUGCUUUUCCCUGUUUCAUCUUAAAGCACAUAUUGUUUUUUAAUUAAAACAUAAAAUGUUCAAGUAAUGCCAUUAACCAUUGUCCUCAUUAAUUUUGGGGCACAUCUGAUGUGAACAUUGAGAUACUGUAUUUAUGAAGUAAGAGUAGUUCAUUUAAAAUACGCAACAUCUUUAUCGCCCCAGGAUUAUUAAGCCUUACAGGCCUCCGUAUGUCUGCCUUUAAUCCCACUGAUGACUGGAAUUGUUAGCAGAGACACUUACUUAUGUUGUGGUCAGUUUAGUUUCUCCCUAGUGAUACGAGAAGGAUGAUUCCAGAUCGGUUUAAAGGAGAAACUUCACCUCAGUGCUGAUACUGUAGCAAUGACACACAGUGAUGUCAGAUCUAUUGUAGGUCAAAUGUGUAUGUUGUUUUCAUUGGUAAAGUGUACAUGGUUAUUAGUCCAUAAAAGCACUAAACCAUCAUACUGUCUGUAAACUGUUUGAAGACAUACUCCAAAAGGCUGUUUAAUGUUGUGUACUCAAAUGUCAGUGAUAUUUGGUGACCCAUUCAUCUUGAGAC